AUGCGCAUCGGCGGCGGGGGGUCCCGCGCCCCUCGCGGAGAAGCCGCGCCGGCUGCUGCGCCCUUGCCGGUCCGCCCCUCCGAGGUCCCCGAGCCGCCUGCCCGGCCGCGCUCCCCGCUGGCCUCCGGCGCUCUGCGGCAGCCGACGAGCGCGCCACGACCGACCGCCGGCUGGCAGCUCCGCCGCUCGCUACCUGGGUCCUCGCCGGGCUGGGAGCGCGCGUUCCCGCGGCGGCCGCUAGCGGGCAGGCGGGAGCCGGACCCGGAGAGCAUCAUGGGCGUUGUAGUUCUGGCUGCCCCCCUCCGAGCCGGGCGCGCCGGUCCCCGAAGCAUUCCCCGCGCGACCACCCGGUUCGGCUUCGCCCCUGCGGCGGCGAGGCGAGGGAGGAUUCGCACGGGGGUCUCCGGGGGUAGAAGGAAGCGAGCUGGCAAGCACGGAGUGAUGGCGUCUCAGUUCUCAAGGCAGGGCGGCCGAUCGACGCUGCUGUGGCCGCCAGGAGAGCCCCGCGGAGCGGUGCGCGGGCGGGCGGCACCGCGGAGGGCUUCGGCCGGGCCCUUCCCCGCCGCGCGGCAGCACCGGACGGUCUCGGACGCCGGCCGGUUUCGCGGGGGCCGGCCAGCCGCCCCCUCCGCCCGGCGCCGGGGCUCGGAGCGGGCUCCCCGGCCGCUCCCCGGCGGCCCCAAGGGCGGCCCCUCGCGGCGGCAACGGCCCGGGCGCUCCUGCGGGCGGGGCCGCGCCGCGCCGCGCCCCUCCGCCCCCGCCCCCGCCCCCAGGCGCGCUCCCGAGCCCGGAAGAGCCGGAGCUGCCGCCGCCGCCGCCGCCGCCCGCCGAGGCCGGCGCUGCUGCCGGUCCGCCUCCCGGGGCUGCGCGGCGCCUUCCGCCCCGCGGCGCGCAGCCAUGUUCGGCCAGCAGCACCUGCUCCGCCUGCAGCAGCUCCUCCAGCCGCCGCCGCCGCCGCCGCCCAGCCGAGCGGUGACGCUGUCUCAGCAGCAGAUGCUCACCCUGCAGGCAGCCAGUCCCGCAUCGCUCCUCAACGCCAACCCCGUGCUCCAGCGAGCCCUGCUCAUCCAGCAAAUGCAAGGUAACCUAAGAGGCUUCAAUGUGGCCGCCGCACCUGUGCUGCAGCAGUUCUUCCCCCAGGCCACGAGGCAUUCUCUGCUGGGCCCCCCGCCGGUGGGGGUCUCCCUCAAGCCCCCCCACCUGGCUUUCUCGGCCCUCCCAUUUCCUCGCCAGAAUCGGGCCUUCCGUAAGGACUUUCCGAGGAUCGCGGAGAGGAAGCGAGAGGCAGACGGCGCGUCAUCAUCCGCUCAAGGGCAAGGCGAGGAGGGGGCUGCACUGGUGGGAAAGCGGCCUGGCUCUCCGCCGUCAGAGACCCCCCUAGAAUCCCCUCGGAAUGGUGAGCCAGCAGCCAAGCAGCUCCGAAGUGAAGCAGAAAUCUCCAACUCUGGAGGUACAACAGACCUUCCCGACGCAGAAGAGGCUGGCGCCGAAUCUCAGCUGGAGGAUGCCGACCCUGGGGAGGGGGACGUCGCCCCAGAUGCUUUGGAGGAGAACUUUGAAGAGGAGGUGAAGACAUCAGAGGUCGUGAGCAAUGCCGGUGCGUUGAAGGUGACGAUCCAGCAGAGCAGCGAGAGCCGGGCGAUCAGCACCACCACGGCCCGCAAGCCGGGCCCGUCCCACCCCGUCCUGCCCGCCGGCCCCGGGGCCGCCUUGAACUUCUACUGCUACAUCUGCAGAAUGAACUGCUGUAACCAACAGAAUUUCCAGACUCACAUGGCCGGGGUGCAACACCAGCAGCGGCUUCAGGAAAUCCAGCGGAUGAGCAAUGUCUGCCUUGUCUCCCUGCUGCCUAUGGCAAAGGAGCCGACACUGCCUGCAGAGAGAGACGGGGAGAACCAGCAACGCUGGUGUAACACCUGCCAGCUGAACUUCAGAGGGGACCUGAUCAGGCACCGUCGGACUCAAGAACACAAGCUGGCCAAACGUUUCCUCCGCCCCUUUUGCACCGUCUGCAGCCGUUACUUCAAAACUCCCCGCAAGUUUGUGGAGCACAUGAAGUCUCUGGAGCAUAAGCAGAAGGCCAAAGAGGCGAGGCUGGCCGAGAAAGAGCUGGGCGGACCCGAAGACUCGGAGGAGCUGAUCACGGUAGACGCCGUGGGAUGCUUCGAAGAGCAGGACGAGGAAGAGGAGGAGGAAGAGGAGGAAGCUGGGGAGGCGGACCAGCUGGACUCGGCGGAGGCUCUGAAUCCGCAGGUUGGGCAGAGAGAAGCAUCUGUGGAAGACCCAGGAGGAAACGCUGAGUAUUGUCCAGACACUGUCUAUGGCCUGGAUUUCCUGGUCCCGGUGGCAGGUUUCCUCUGCCGGCUGUGCCACAAAUUCUACUCGAGCGACUCGGCCACGCGGCUCGCCCACUGCAAGUCCCUGAUGCAUUUCGAGAACCUGCAGAGAUACAGGGCCUCCCAGCUCCAGGCCACGGCUGUGCACGCAGAGGCCCCCCCGCAGCCCCCGCAGGGGGUGACCGACCGACAAGCUCCCCCCUCAGCUAAGAUGCAGGAUGCAGAAGAGGCAGUCACUGGACACAGGAGAAUUACAACCUUGGGGGCCCCCCCCGGGGCCACCCGGAGAUGCCCGGGAGACUUUGAAACGGAGGAUAUCUGCGGGGCUCCUGCCAUUGAUGAGAAAUGCAGCCCGUCGCCGGUGAGCGACGACUCCUUGGGGCAAGACCCUGGCGUGCCAGGGGAGGGGGCCGGACUGUGCACCCCAGGAGAGCGGCCUAGUCCGGAAACUCAGCAAAAGGCGGCCGUAGAUUCUGCGUCAGCUGACCAAGGGGACGCCGCGCCACGCCAAGGCGCAGGCAGCUGGGACAGGGAGCCUCCCACGCUGGCUGAUGGGGAGGCGGUCUCUGCCUGUCGGCGGUCAAGCUGGCGCCGGGCGAGAUGAGAGUUACGGCAAAAGAGGGAUUCCUCGCCUGUAGAUUUUCCUGAGCACUCCCUCCCUCCACCUUCGACUUUUAGAGAUAAAGAGAUGUUCUAGUUUU